UCAGUGUGCAAAACCUGCGCCAGUGAGCCCACACGCUGCAUCGUCGUUAUUUGGCAUUUUUGCAACGCGUGGACAAAGUGGAGAAGAUCCCGGCUGAGAGACGAUCUGCACCCUUCUGAUGCGCACAGAAAGGGUUAAGGAUCUUUCUGGAGGUCACUGGUGGUGUAGUGCUUCAUUCGCCUGACAGAAAGUCACAUAUACAAAUGAGGUCAGCUUGACAUCAUGAGCGAUCGGUUCGACUGCAAGAACUGCUGCGAGUCCCUGUAUGGACGCAAGUACAUCCAGGUGGACGACAACCCCCACUGCGUCCCGUGCUAUGACCGCUUGUAUGCCAAUACCUGCCAGGAAUGUAAAGAAAUAAUCACUCACAAUGCUAAAGAGCUCUUCUAUAACAGCAGAUACUACCACGAUCACUGCUUCCGCUGCAUGCGCUGCGACCGCUCUCUGGCCGACGAGCCCUUCACCAGUCAGGAAGACGCUCUAGUGUGCAGCGAGUGUUACAGCAAUGAAUUCUCCUCCAAGUGCGUGGUGUGCGACAAGAAAGUUAUGCCUGGAUCAAAGAUCUUGGAGUAUGACGGCUCCACGUGGCACGAGGACUGUUUUGUGUGCCACGGCUGCGAAAAGCCCAUCGGCGGCGAGGCCUUCAUCCCAGACAAAAACAAUUACUACUGUGUGCCGUGCUAUGAGGGCAGGCUCGCUCCUCGGUGCAGCCACUGCAACAAGCCUCUGACUAAAGGAGGAGUGACCUACAGGGACGAGGUGUGGCACAAAGAGUGCUUCCUCUGCACGGGCUGCAAAACACCUCUGGCUGGCCAACCUUUCACCUCGGAGGGGGAGAAACCUUACUGUGUCAAGUGCUUCAGCAGCCUCUAUGCCAAAAAAUGUGCCGGCUGCAACACGGCCAUCACAGGGUUCGGAGAUGGCAAAUACGUUUCUUUCGAGGAGCGACAGUGGCACCAGCCCUGCUUCAAGUGCUCCCGAUGCUCCGUGUCAUUGGUCGGCUCCGGGUUCUUCCCGGACCGGGACCAGAUUCUGUGUACGGACUGCAACAACGACGACUGACUGAGCCACAAAACUUUCAAAACCUCAGCAGUGCACACGAACACUGCAAAUGCACCAGUUCACUCCAAGCUUAUCCAACUCCUGUAGCCACAAUGGGGUUAUUGUUUUGUAUAAAAUCAGCAAAAAUAAUCCUGUUGGACUAUGAUUUUUUUUUUUUUCUAAUAAUUUGCACACCAUGUUUCAUGGAUAAAAUAUGCAUUAGGUAUAUGUAAACCUUUAAAUUAAAGUGUUUAGUCAUCUUGAAUAACAUCCGGUAGUGUGUUCACAUGAGAAUUUAGUUGUAGUCUUCAAAAAGCGAUUCACUGUAAUAGUACAGUUUUCGAGGUGGAGAAAAAGCUUUAAAAAAAUCUAAAGCAUAGCAUGUCUGUCAUAAUUGUGAUUUUAUUUGGCUUGUUUGUUCUUUGUGUGUGUCACGUGAAGCUGGAAAUAGUCUAAAUAUACCAUACGUUUUUGUAAAAAUGUCAGACUAACUUCUCAUGAGAGCAUAUUGCUGCUCGACAGACCAAAUUCGUUGUAUUGCAAUGUUUUCAUGCCUCAUUGACAAAUGUAUUUGGCAGCUUUGGAAUACAAUAAUAGUAUCUUAGAAGAUUUGCAUGUUCAUAUUUUAAAGAGAGUAGAUUAGCUAUAGAAGCCACGCAGAGGGACACCUUCCUCUUAUUUGCAGCAAUAUAACUUUUUAGGAUUUACUAGUCACAUUUGUUUGUAAAAAGCCACAAAUAACUACCCAUCUUUUUAUUAAAAUAAUGUAUUAGAAAAGCUGUUGGCUUCAAUUGUUUAUUGAAAGUGUCAUUCUAAAGAAGUUCAUGUAUUGAACUAUAUAGUUUAACCUCCAUAUUUGUCAUACAGUUGACUGAGCUCCUCCCACUUUGCGUCCCUAAAAUAGCGCUCCCAUGCCAACUGACUCUUACAAUUACCUCAGUGAAGCGUAUAAACAUUUACAGUUCAGCACCCCUGUUCCAAUCGUGCUUUUAUAAUCAUGAUGUCAUGAUGUCAAUGUACCAUGAUCAUGUGUAAAAUCCACCGGUUCAUCUUGAAAAGAUUAUUUGCAAAGAGUAAAAGCCAUCCAAAUGAUUAAAAAAAAAAAAAAAAAGGUUUCAAG